AUGCUCAUAGCUUCCGAUUUCUUAGACUGUAGAGAUGAUUGGUGCCAUUCCGGUCUCCAAUCAGCUCUAUCAUCAGCUGGAGAAACACCGGCUGCAUUCUCAGGUUCCCCCGAUGGCACAAGACUGCCCGAGAAGGCCGUGGAAGGCAGUGGGGGGGGUGGGGUGGUACCGCUGUUUGUAAAAGCAAUCCUGCAGGAUGAUGCCUAGUAUAACCACUCAAAGUCUGCUCAAAGUCCAGUGAUGUACCAGUACGUCGCUGGCCCUUGUUGUGUAUAUAUGCUGUGUAUAUAUGCUAUGUAUGCAGCCUGGUGGCUGAAUGA